UUGGUUGUUGACCGCCAUCGCGUUGUAGCCAAUAGAAACACGGCAGCUGUGCCCAUAUGAAGGACGAUGGGCGACCGCUGGCCUUUAUUUCAGCUUCGUUCAGUGAACUGAGUGUAAGUAGAAAAUGAGUGGACGAGGAAAGACCGGCGGUAAAGCUCGGGCCAAGGCCAAGACUCGCUCAUCCCGCGCCGGGCUGCAGUUCCCCGUGGGCCGUGUGCACAGGCUUCUGCGCAAAGGUAACUAUGCCGAGCGCGUCGGUGCCGGUGCCCCCGUCUAUUUGGCCGCAGUGCUGGAGUAUCUGACCGCUGAGAUCCUGGAGUUGGCUGGCAACGCCGCUCGCGACAACAAGAAGACCCGUAUCAUCCCUCGCCAUUUGCAGCUGGCCGUUCGUAACGACGAGGAGCUCAACAAACUGCUCGGAGGAGUGACCAUCGCUCAGGGUGGCGUGCUGCCCAAUAUCCAGGCUGUACUGCUGCCCAAGAAGACCGAGAAAGCGGUCAAGACCAAGUAAACUUGGCGUUCUCCUAAACUGUAAAUAACCAAAGGCUCUUUUAAGAGCCGCCCAC